UAUCGCCGUCUUACAAACACACAAGGAAACAUCCUGGCACAAUUGAUAUGGAAUUCACGGCGAUUAUAUUUUGUGGUAAUGGGAAAGCCCUCUCUCCGUUUUCUGGAGUUAGAUCUACAGGUAUACCUAAAGCAUUGAUCCCCAUUGCCAAUAAACCCAUGAUUGAAUAUGUAUUGGACUGGUGUGAAUUAGCAUUCUUUCCUAAUGUCAUUGUUGUAACUAAUGACGAGGAUUUACCUUCCAUCAAGGACGCGGUUGAUGUUUAUCAAACUAGAAAGACUAAAAAGGAAGGCGAAGACGGAGAAGGUGACGGAAGCGAGUGCAUUAUCGAAGUUGUUGGUAUAGAUACCGAUCACAGUGGUCCAAUCUUGUUUGAAUUGUACAAAAACUCCUCCAAUAAGUUUAUGGAGAAUUUCGUGAUCUUGCCUUGUGAUUUCAUCACCAAUUUAUCCCCACAGGUUCUUAUUGAAGCUUAUAGAAACAAAGAAGAUACUGACUUGGGAUUGCUUAUACAUUACAAAAACCAAUUGAAUAUCGAAGACAAGAAAAGCAAAAUAUUUCCUAAACAUUACACCAUAUAUUCCGAGAACGACGACAAUUGUACCUUGUUGGACAUUUACAAUCAACAAGAUAUUGAAUUUCACAAAUCCUUACAAAUUAGAACCCAGAUGUGUUGGAGAUAUCCUAAUUCCACAAUAAGUACCAAGCUUCUUAACAGUUCCAUAUUCUUUGGAUCCACUUCCAUAUUUGAAAUCUUCAAAGAAAAUCCAGAUAAGUUUACCGAGUCCUACUUCAAGUCAAGAUCUGCCACCAAGAUUAUUCGUGAUUUGGCAAGAAGAUCAUGGAAGCAUUCAAGUACCAAAGAAACUAUCGGCUUUUUAAUCUUACCUAACCAAGCCACUUUCUUUAGAUGUAACAACUUGCCCGUUCUCAUGGAGUCCAAUAGAUAUUUCAUGAAGGAGCAAGCCAAGUCCAAGGGUCAACAAGUGAAACAAGCAAACAAGACAGAAGCUCAUAUUGGUGUCGAUUCUCUCGUUGGCGAAGAAACUACUUUGGGUGAAAAGACAAACGUUAAAACUACAGUCAUUGGCAACAAAUGUACUAUUGGAAAACGAGUUAAAUUAACCGGUUGUCUUGUAUUCAAUAACGUCACCAUCGAAGAUGACGUACAAUUGGAAAAUUGUAUUAUCGGUAAUGACGUCAUAAUCCACACCAAGAGUAAACUUGUCAAUUGUAAUGUUGAAUCAACCAAUGAAAUAGCCAAAGGAACUCAAUCUAAAGGUGACACCUUAUUGUGUUUGACUUUAGAAGGAUUAGGAGAAUCUGCUAUAGACAGUGAUUCAAGUGAAGAUGAAUAUUCUAGCGAAGAUUAUUCCGAAGAAGACUACGAUGAUGAAUAUGCUGAUAAUGAUGAUGGAUUGUUUGCUUAUUAAUAGAACUCUGUAUAACCUAGGAAUCCUAAUGUCAAGUGCAUUUGCAACUCUAUAUUCUUUUUCUUUUUGAGUGGUUCAUGACCACAUAUUCAGUAAAAGCGAUAAUUUCUUGAUACCCAAAGUGGAAAGAUUGCAUUUAGAUAACAUGUAGCUAGGUUCAUUGUAAAUUUCAAUGCUUGG